AUGACGAAAAAGAGUGAAAAGCAGGGUGCAAAGGAGUGGAACAUACAAGUAGCAGAUUCAGAACAACGUUACACAUGGUUUGAUGAUGUGAAGGGCAGGUUCGAAUUUUUCAAGGCGGAAGACGAUAAGCCAGAUGAUAAGUCAGGAAAGCUUUCUUCUGUCUCCAUAAACAAAGUGCCCAUGUAUCUCAAGGGUUUAAACAGAGAUGCAUAUCUUCCUCAGGUGGUCUCUUUGGGCCUUUAUCAUCGUCAGAUAUCUCAACCACUCUCUGAAAUAGAGUUAUACAAAGUAGAAGCCGUAAACAGAUCUGUGAAAAGGCUCCCAGAAGCCCAGCAGCACGCGCGCUUUCUAAUCCAAGAAGUGCAGCAGUUACUUCCAGAAAUUACAGCAAGCUAUGAAGGAGAAACAGAAUGCGAGGAAGAAGUCCUUGCUUGGCUCUUCACUCUAGAUGGGUGUUUCAUUCUUGAGACUCUCAGGCUUCUCAGCGAUGAAUCACAGUGGAAUCUCAAUGGUGAUUCACGAUGGAACCUGGAUCCUGUUUUUAAUAGAAACAGGGUCCGGUCUUGUCAAUUUGAUAUUUUGACUGAUCUUAUAUUGCUUGAAAAUCAGGUGCCCAUAGUCCUCCUCCUUAGACUGUUAGAAAUGGAGGACACGUUAACAGAAGAAAUGGCGAGGACAGAGCUGCUCAGAAUGAUAUGUGAUGGUAUAAUUGCCUUAGCUCACCCUUUCUCCUAUUCUCUGCAGCCAGAAACAGGGGAGCAACCUACAGAGCACAAAGAACGCGAGGCAAAAUUGAAAGAUGCCCUCCAGUUAAAGUAUAGAAAUCUGAAGGAAUACAACCAUAUUUUGGGAUUUUUUCAUGAUUUCAUUGUGCAUGAGUCACAGGCUACCCAGGAAGGAGAAAAGCCAGACGAUGUUCAUAUUACAGUACCAGAGAGCCGUCAUCAUCUUUAUCGUGGUCGUCUGCUUCAUCGUCAUAAAACAGCUCAUAAACGUAAAAAGGAGUCUCACUAUCAUCAUCUCACUGCUUCUGCUACAGAGUUAUGGGACAGUGGAAUGAAACUUGAGUCGUACGAAGGAGUUCCAUCAGCCAAGUACCUUCGUUUCGACAAAGAGAAAAAGACUCUGUUUCUCCCUGUGAUAUGGAUAUCUGACACUACAGAGAUGAUCUUCAGGAACUUCAUGGCUAUGGACGUCUGCCAAGAAAAGGAACUCAGCAUAAUCUCAGAGUAUGUCUUUCUGAUGAAUAGUUUGGUUCGAUCUGAGAAGGACGCGGCUUUGCUGAGAAAGAGGGGAAUAAUUCAGAGCUCUGUUGGGAGUGACAAGGCAGCAAGUGAUCUGUUCAAUGAUCUGUGCAAAGGGGUUAACUUCUCUUUCGCUGAUGAAGACAAUUUUAUGGAAUUGAAGAGGGCUGUUAAUGAAUGGUAUAAAGGCCGAACCAUGGUGAAAAUUAGUGAGUUUAUGGGGAAGAAUCCAACGCUUGUGAAGAUUUCUACUAUUUUCUGGGGAGUUGUUUUAUUGUUGGUAGCUUUAGCGCCCUCAUUUGUGCAGAGCAGAUACAGAUCGUGGGGUUCAAAACAAGGAGUAUCGCUGAAGCUCAAAGAGCAGCUGUUGGAAAAGAUUGUUAAUGAAGGAAGACAAUGUUUGAAGUUAUUUACUAUUGAGUAA